AGAGAGUCCGGCUCCGCCGGUUCUACGUGAGACCGAGAGGCUGAUGUAGAGAAAGACGGAGCUUAGGAGAGACAGACAGAAAGAAAGAAAGAAGGGGGAGGGGGACGAGAAGAGUCCGGGGCCCCAGGGGAUCCGGGAAAGUCCAGUAGGUUGUUAUAAAAGGGGACGCCCCCUGUCCACCUUCAACCCAGCUCCCACCUGCGCUGCAGCUCCCAGCCCAGCCCAGCUCCGCCAGUCACCGUUGCGCUCCCGUCAUGGAGUCACGCCGCCACGCUAGCCUCCGAUAUAUCUUCCUCAUUGCCACACUUAUUGGCCUUAGCCAAGUCAACUGGGCCAAAAGCCUUCCUGUGACACAGCCUGAACCCAGCAUGCCCCAGUGUCUCAGAGGCUCCAAGAACCUGUUGGAGGCUGUAAGCAACACUCUUCAAAAGGCAAGACAAAAACUUGAACUGUACUCUUGUUCCUUGCAAGAAAUUGAUCAUGAAGAUAUCACUGAAGUCAGAACCAGCACAGUGAGGGACUGCAUACCACCAGAAUUAACCAAGAAUGGAAGCUGCCUGGUUUCCAGAAAGACACUUUGUGUUAAGCACUGUUGCCUUAAAAGCAUCUAUGAGGACCUGGAGAUCUAUAAGGCUGAGUUUAAUGUGAUCAAGGAAACUCUUGCAAAGGACCCUACAAGACAGAUUUCUCUGGACCAAAAUAUGUUGGCUGCUAUUGAUGAGAUGAUGCAGGCCCUGAAUUUCAACAGUGAGAAUGCGCCACUGGUCUCUUCACCCAAAGAACCUGACUUUUACAAGACUAAGGUCAAGCUCUGCAUCCUCCUUCACGCUUUCAGAAUCCGGGCCGUGACCAUCAAUAGAAUGAUGAGCUUCCUGACCGCUUCUUCGUGAAGGGCUCCUCACCCGAUGACUUUAGAUCUUCGGGAUAACAGUAAAGCCUGGAUCUCAAAGAUUGUCACCAUCAGGGACAUUCCUUUGAAAUGUCUCUAAGAUAGUGACCAAUAGCGAUUUUUAUUGGAGUGGGUUGGGGAACUAGGGAAGGGCUGGGUUUGACUGGGGUCUAUUUAAUAUUGCUUAAAUUAUUCUAUUUAUAUUGCCUUUGUUUACAUUCUCCAUAGCAUGGUCCGUGAAGGACGUGGUUGUUCUCGAUAUGAACCAUUCAUUGGAUCAAUGUACUUCACUAAGUUUACAAUGGAUGGAAUUAUCUUGGUUUUCUUGACCAAAAUUACCAGUGACUAUGAAUGUUCUGACCAAUCAUCUUACUCUUUCUCUCACUUUGAUAGAAAAAAAAGUAUAUAUAAGCUAUUUCUGUACCUAAAUGUUAUC